CAGUUGCGCUAGCAGCUGAGCUGAGCUUGGCUGGGCGAAGAAGAGGAGAGCGACUCCGAGAUAAACCGUUAGUUGAACUGGACAGGCACGCGCGCGCUUUGAUCUGUGUUCUUGAGUGCAGUGUGUUCUUCGCUAUUCGAUUUUUUGUUUAAGUGCAUCCAGCCAAGAUGGCGGAGCGAGAGAGGGAGGCAAUGUCCGCCUCUCUGAGCCGCCUGCUGAGAACCUUGAGCUCGGCUUCGAUGAGCAGACGCCACUGCCCCCUCGCUCUCCUGCAGCCUCUGCCCGUGCACCAGAGCGAGAUGGCGCUGGGGAGCGGGGGGAGCGCCGGCAGCGGGGCGAGUGCGGAGAGAUGCUGCAGCAGUUGCAGCGAUGAUAGCAACAACAAUGACCGCUGCAAGAGCGCCGAGAGAGGGACAGCAGCAGAGGUGGAAGAGGAAGAGGGUGUCGAGCUGGAGCCCAAGGAGGAUGCGGAAAAGGGAGAGAGAGAUGAGCUGGAGCUCAAACGAGAUAGCAGUACCGUUAACGUCAAUGUGGUGAGAGCCAACUUCAAAUGCAAUGACAUGGAAUGCUCUCUAGUCCUGGGCGACUAUGUGAAUGGCUUCCUUGGCAGUUUCCUAUCGAAGGGCCUGAAGACCAAUCAGCUGGUUGUGAAUACGGAUGAGAAGACCCUGCGACCAGUUGCACGUCUGAAGGAACCGCGCGAUCUCUUCGCCCUGCCGAAGGACAAGGACAAUGACUGCUCACAGCAGGCCCCCAGAUGGCCGGUGGAAUGCCAGGUCAUCGAGGAGCGCAUCACACACAUUCCGUACGUGCCCGCUGUUCCGGAGCCGCUCAAUGCUCCGACGGGAAACGAGCUGAAACCGCGUCCCGUGGGCGAGGAGAACGGCAUUGUGGUGUUCAGCUACAGUCCCAUCAGCGCCGUGAACUAUGAAAAGCCCAAGGCGAAGAAGGAGGACGAUGAGUCCAGCGACGAGUCGGACUAUUCAUCGGACUCCCACCAGGAUUCGACGCCUCCGAGCCGGUCCACGCCCAUGCGGCUGGCGGGCGGCGGUGGCUGUGCCCCUGGAAAAUUGAGCAGCGUGUCCAAGAUGAUCAACAAUGUGGACAAUCGGUCCACCAGUGCGUCGCUAGACGACAACGAUGACUAUUACGAUGACGAAUACGACACCUCUGGCGGUUAUUGUGGCGGAAGUGGCGAGGCCAAGGAGAAGGCAAUCAUCAAGGAUCUCAUCGAGGCGAAGAAGAAGCGCUACCAGGAGGAGGAGACGGUCACACCCGCAGGUGGUGGUACCGCCAGCCGUUCGGAGGCCAGCAAAGAUCCCAGCGAUAUCGACGAUAUCUGGAAGAACAACACCAGCGAAUAUAAGCCCGCCUCGCCGCGCUAUGUGCUCAGUCAGUUCGGGAAGAAUGUGGCCAAGGCGAUGAUCGACCGGAUCGUGGAUCACAAGGAUCUGGUCCCGGCAUCGGGAUCUCAAAAGUUCAGCCGUUCGGCCGUCGGUGGUGCCCGCUUCAUGACCAAUUGCCAUCCCAUGAAUCCGGAGGAGUACGAUGGACUGGAGUUUGAAUCGCGCUUCGAGAGCGGCAACCUAGCCAAGGCGGUCCAAAUCACGCCCACCUACUACGAGCUCUACCUGCGACCCGAUCUCUACACCAGCCGGUCCAAGCAGUGGUUCUACUUCCGUGUGCGGCGCACCAGGCGCAAGAUGCUCUACCGCUUCUCCAUUGUCAAUCUGGUCAAGUCGGAUAGUCUCUACAACGACGGUAUGCAGCCGGUCAUGUACUCCACGCUGGGCGCCAAGGAGAAGAGCGAAGGCUGGCGGAGAUGCGGCGAUAACAUUUGCUACUAUCGGAACGAUGAUGAAAGUGCCAGCAACAGCGCCAACGAGGACGACGAGGACAACUCCACGUACACGCUGACCUUCACCAUUGAGUUUGAGCACGACGACGAUACGGUGUUCUUCGCGCACAGCUAUCCGUACACCUAUAGCGACCUGCAGGACUACCUCAUGGAGAUCCAGCGCCAUCCGGUCAAGUCAAAGUUCUGCAAGCUGCGCCUGCUCUGCCGCACCUUGGCUGGCAAUAAUGUCUACUACCUGACGGUGACGGCGCCCUCCUCCAACGAGGAGAACAUGCGGCGCAAGAAAUCGAUUGUGGUGUCGGCACGUGUGCAUCCCAGCGAGACGCCAGCCUCGUGGAUGAUGAAGGGCCUGAUGGACUUCAUCACUGGGGACACCACAGUGGCCAAGCGGCUGCGGCACAAGUUCAUUUUCAAAUUGGUGCCCAUGCUGAAUCCGGACGGAGUCAUUGUGGGCAACACACGCAACUCGCUGACCGGCAAGGACCUCAACCGCCAGUACCGAACGGUAAUACGCGAGACAUAUCCAUCCAUUUGGUAUACCAAAGCCAUGAUUAGAAGACUGAUUGAGGAAUGCGGCGUGGCCAUGUACUGUGAUAUGCACGCCCACUCACGAAAGCACAACAUAUUCAUAUAUGGCUGUGAGAACAAGCGCAACCCGGAGAAGAAGCUAACCGAGCAGGUCUUUCCGCUGAUGCUGCACAAGAACAGCGCCGAUCGGUUCUCCUUCGAGAGCUGCAAGUUCAAGAUCCAGCGCAGUAAGGAGGGCACCGGACGCAUCGUGGUCUGGAUGCUGGGCAUCACCAACAGCUACACGAUCGAGGCCUCCUUUGGCGGCUCCUCGCUUGGAUCGCGCAAGGGGACGCACUUCAACACGCAGGAUUACGAGCACAUGGGACGAGCAUUUUGUGAGACACUUCUGGACUACUGCGAUGAGAAUCCGAACAAAGACAGGUUACGAUCCAAAAUUAUCGAAAGACUGAUGCGAGAAGGCUCCAGUGCCGACGAGCCAUUGAAUAUCCCUCUGUCGGAUUACUCAAGCGACGAGGGCAACUGCAGCUCCAGUUCGGAUAAUGAGGGCAAGCACUCGAUAACGGCGUCCGAUCUGGAGGGACCAUGUUGUGCUCCCACCCGAGCACCGCCUAGUUCGCCUGAGGUCAUACACGAAAUUCGCAAGUUUCGCAUGCGACGCAUGCGCAAGGUGAUGCACGAACUGGACAGGAUCUACUUUACGCCCCUGUUCCAGCGGAAAUUCAAAACCCUAACGACCUUGAAGAGGAGGCGUCAGAAAAUGGGUGUCAAGGCGGCACCACCAAAUGGGAAACGCCUUCGCGGAGGUGGUGGGCCUGCCGUUGGUGUUGGCAUAACCAUGCCAGCCUCAGCCGUCCCAGCGGGCGGAUCCAUUGUGGAGACCAACGAUGGCCAGAAACAGCAUCCGCAUAGAGAAUUGGCCAGGAACUUGCCAUUCAGUAGUGCUCCGCCGAUUGGAGCCCACAGUUCGGACAGUACAGAUAGCAUGGAGUCCGCGCUAUCGGAAUCGCUACAGGAGUCGGAUUAUGUAAGCGCUAGCACCGUAACGAGCAAAGAGAUCACGAGAAAGGUGAAGACCACUGUUGGAGGCACCAAGAAGACGACCAAAAAGAAGAAGUUCAUGCCCACGGAGAAGAAGAAGCCGGUGGUCAAUCAGAAACUGCACGUUGAUCGCAAUUUCCGGCUGUGGCUGGCCAAUAGGCGCAUCUACAUCUAUCGUCGUAAGAAGUCCACGCAGGCGCGUCGCACUAAGGCAAGAAAUAAGCCGCAGAAGAAACGUGGCGAGGUGGUGCGCACCACUCUGGACCUGCCCACAACGGACCCGGGCUCGGAUCUGCACUUCUCCACCGACGACGAGGAGCACUCGCCGACGUCCGGACAAAAUGGUUACGGUGCAGUGGCUCCGCUCCGGCACACGCUGCUCCAGAGCGAUCUGCAGAGGCGGUACAUUGAGGAAAUUGGCGAUACGGUGGUGCAGAAACCAAAGGCGGCGCACAUGCCGCCGGAACUGAUUGUGACCACACCCUCGAAGAGCGGCACUCCGGGCGGUGGGAAGAAGAUGGAUGUCUACAAGCUGACGCCUCGAACUGCGCCAGAAUUGGACACGGGAAUUGGCGUGAUGCAACGGCAGGCCGGCGGAACAGCGACAUCCACCAGACGCACCUAUUCGUGGCACAAUCUCGAUCAGCAAGAGAUUCCCAAUGGCAACAGCGGCGGUCAGGGCAAGGCCAACUUUUACAUGGGCGAUUCCAAGCCAGCCAUUAAGGUGAUGACAAAACCGCCCCCCAGAAGGAGUGUCCCGAGCAACUUCAUUCCCCAGAGACAUGGCAAUGCGCAAACGGCCGAUGACCUGCAGCUCAAGCUAUCGCUGAAGAAGAAAGUCUGGACUGGUGCGCACGGGGAUGCCGAUGGUCGUCCAUUGGCCUGGUACAAGGGUCACUCGAUAACAGCAUCCCAAGUGACCAACACUACGACGACCAUACGAAGUGCAGGCGGUGGUGUUGGAGGAGGCGGAACUGGAGUGGGUGGAGGUGGAGGAGGUGGUCAGAACCGAAACAUUUUCACAUCCAGUGGCAGGGAGCAGACAGCUGCAUCCGGUGGCAUCGCCAUGGGCAUGCCACCCGCCUAUGUGGGAGCACCACGGAGACCCAGAAAACUGGAGCAAGUUGAUCUCUUCAAUGCCUGUUCCCAGAAGCUGCUGCUGUGGCAGCAACAGGAGGAGUACAAGCGCUCCCAUCUGCAACCGGCGCAGCGCCUAAUGAGGGUGGAGGAUCCUCCGCCACAUUCUAGGGAUCGGGACCAGCAAGCCUUCAAGCCCAUGCACGUGGUCAAAAAGUCAACGGGAACCAGCCAGACCAAAGUCAUCCAGGCUUUGGUGGCAGUCGAGUCCGGCGGAAAGGUGAAGCGCAAGACCAGCAGCAUGAUGAAGAUAGCGGAGACCACGCAGCUGGUGACUCGAUUCGCCCGGAGUCGCAACAGUGCCGGAGGAUCAACAGUACAGCAGCAGCAGCAGCAGCCACCACAGCAUAUGCACCACCAGCACCAGCGGAUGCUGUUCAAGGGCCAAGCUGGAGCGGGAGCUAUGGGCGCUCGGAUGCACUCUGCCGGCGUGAUGGGCCACAUGCAGGGCAAUGGCGGUGGACGUGCGCCCAAUAAGUUCAAGACCGGUGGUCUGGUGAUCACCGCCGUGCAGCAGCCGACCAAUAUGACCGGUGGAAGCUCCAGGCGGAUGAGAAAUGCAGCCGGAUUGCAGGCCAAGGGCAGCAAUGGCGCCUUGGGGUCAUCCUCCGGUCAAAUGCAGUACCAGCGAAGCAAUGGCAAUGUUCAGGCCAAUAAAUCCGUAACUGGCAUCUCCCUGGACACCGUGAAUCUGGUGCGGAAGGUGAAGACCAAGCUGAAGAAGCGCAAAUCCCGAACUUUGUCAACCGGAGCACCGAAAUAGUUGACAGCUAGGCGUAUUGACCACAUCCAGAAUCUGCGUCAGGUGCAUCGCCCAGUUUUUCGUUCAAAAUUUUAGUCAAAUUGAAUCUACUCCCGUCCGUUUUGUUACGUAAAAAAACAAUAAGAAAAUGAUUAGCAA